CAACACGGAAGUGACCGUGUGUGUGUUUUGAACACAAGGCGCCAGCAGCUGCUGCUGGUGUGUUAGCCACAUUAGCAGCUAAGUUAGCAACACGCGCAUUUGCUAAUUGACUUUUAGAAGCAGCUGAACAACUUCCGGGUUUUUACCGCCGGGUGCUGAGUGAUGUCCGCGUCCGAGCCGCACCGGCGUCUGGGUCGCAAGCGCGCCCUGCCCCCCUGCCCGAACCCGCUGUUCCUCCGCUGGCUCACCGAGCUCCGGGACCAGGCGCAAGAGAAGGGACUGAAGAUCCAGUACACGUACCAGAAGGCGAUCAACUCUCUGAAUAAAUAUCCGCUGCCUCUGCAAAACGCCAAAGAGGCGAAGAUCCUCCAGAACUUCGGAGACGGGAUCUGCAAAAUACUGGACGACAAACUGCAGCGUCACCUCAGGGAGAACGGUCCAGACGCUCCGAUCCACUCGCUGCCCGAGGGAGCGCCCCCUGCUGGCAGAGCGGACAACAACAGCAACAGCCUGGCUCCAACCAGAAAGACGAAUGCUGCAAGGGAUCCUGGGAAGGAUAAAGGAGGAGGAGGGAGGAGGAAGAAGAGGGAGUACGUGCCUCAGAAGAGGUCGGGGGGUCAUGCUGUUCUCCUCACCCUCUACAGACAGUCACAGAUCCCGGGCAGUAAAGGUUUUAUGUUUAAGAUGGAGCUACAAGACGAAGCUCAGCUGCUCUGCGAUAAAUCGUUUAGUGUUCCUGAUCUGGGCAGCAAGUACACGGCCUGGUCGUCCGUCAGCACGCUGAUCCAGAAGAGCCUGCUGGUGAAGACGCACAACCCUGCAAGAUAUUCUCUUAGUGAAGAGGGUCUGGCUCUGGCCGAGCGACUGGAUGCGGCGGAGCGAGGAUCAGAGGCUCGGGGUGAAGGUUCGCAGGUGCAGGAGGAGGAGGAGGAGGGUGGUCCUGGGGUUGUGGACCUGACGGCUAGUGAUGAAGAAGAGGAGGAGGAGGACAGAACACAUCCCGCAAAGACCGGAGACUCGCAGACGGAGACGGAGACGAAGGUGGACGCGACCGGUUCGGAUCCACAGACGAGCAGGAAGCCAAACGCAGGACUUCUCCUACCGGGAACCUAUGAGAUCGUACUCUGUGUGGACUUCAUUGAAACUACUGGCGGCGGCGGCAGCAGCCACCAGCGGAAGCAGGAGCUGGUCAAAGAGCUCCAGAGGAACGGGGUGAACUUCGACAUCAGGAAGUUGAAUGUGGGAGACUUCCUGUGGACGGCUCGGGAGAAGGUCGCACCUGUUCCAGGUCAGCUGCGAGCCGCCGUCGGCCGAGAGCUGGUCCUCGAUUACGUCAUCGAGAGGAAGAGGAUGGACGAUCUGUGUGGCAGCAUCAUCGACGGACGCUUCCGGGAACAGAAGUUCCGUCUGAAGAGGUGUGGUCUCCGCCGGCCCGUCUACCUGGUGGAGGAGUGCGGGGCGGCGGCCUCACACCUGAGUUUACCUGAGGCCACGCUGCAGCAGGCCAUCGUCAACACACAGGUGGUCGAUGGCUUCUUCGUGAAGAGAGUCCAGGAUGUGAGGGAGUCUGCGGCCUACCUCACCAUCAUGACCCGAUACCUCACCAAACUGUACCAGAACCGUACGCUGGUCUGCCGCUCCAGAGAGCUGGAGGGGGACGGGGCGAGCGACGAGGAGCGAGGGAGCCUCCCGUCCUGCUCCCUCAUGUCGUUUACCGAGUUCAACCACGGAGCUGUGAAAAACAAGAGUCAGACGGUGAGGGAAGUGUUUGCCAGGCAGUUGAUGCAGAUCAGCGGCUUGUCCGGAGACAAGGCAGCGGCGAUACUAGAGAGAUACAGCACCCCCUACAGCCUGCUGUCGGCUUAUGAACAGUGUUCGAGUGAAGCUGAGAAGGAGAAACUCCUCUCUUCCAUCAGAUACGGGAAACUCAACAGGAACCUGGGUCCGGCUCUGAGCAGAACCGUCUGGCAGCUCUACUGUUCACAAGGAGUGCUGACAUAACACACACACACAAAUGUUCCAUCUCAAAAAUGAAACUGAGACAAACUGACUUACUUGAACCUUCGAUAAACACAUCGAAGGUUCAUCGAUGUGUUUAUGUAAAGUUGCUGCUAUAUUUGUUCUUUAAAAAAAAAUGUGAUGAAACCUUGGUAUUAAGAAUGUAACAAUAAAGUUUCUUAUUUUUGAA